GUCAGCUAUGAAUCUUGGCAUUGGACGAUGAUAGACGCUCUGUUCUGCAUUCAACGUUGAGGAAUUGCAAGCCUGCAGCACCGAGAGUGCGGUGAUCAAGAAGCUGAUGGGGGAUGUGCGCACCCUCGAGGAAGCGGACGAGGUGUGGAGUUGGGGCGCGGGGACAAGCGGGCAGCUAGGGAACGGAAAGUUGGAUGAUGAGCUGCUUCCAAAACGUGCACAACAACUAGAUGAGGAGCAAUUGAAGCAGAUUGCGUGUGGUGGCAGCCAUGCGGUGGGGGUCACUGAUGAUGGUAGGGUUUUCACAUGGGGCUCAAACCCAGCAGAGGGGCCCAACACCUUCAUCCCCGCAGCCCUUCCGCAACCUCUAGAAGCCCUCUCCGGUAUCAAGAUUGUCAAGGUUGCAGCAGGAUGGGCUCACACUGCUUUGAUAACAGAUGAUGGCAAGGUGCUAACAUAUGGCGAAGGCCAGUACGGCCAACUAGGCUUGGGAACAAGAAGCUCCGUUGUGGCGCCUUCUGUGGUCGAGGCAUUGGCGAGUGUUCGAGCGGUGGAUGUCGCCUGUGGCCUGAGGCACACGCUAGUACUCGUUGAAGAUGCAAGCGGGACCUCCUGCGUCCGCGCAUUUGGAGCUGGGAAGCGCGGCCAGCUCGGCGUUUCCUCCCCCACUCUAGUUGCAACGAGGCCGGUAACGGUCGACGGCCUCAACGGGGUGCAAGUGCGUGCGGUAUCGGCGGCAGGAGACCACAGCGCUGCACUGACGGUGAACGGCGACCUCAUGGCGUGGGGUCGCGGCUACCUGGACGCCCCAGACAUGCACGUGCCCAUCCGCAUUGGACGAGGCAAGAAGUGGAGCCACAUGGCACUCGGGUGGAGCCAUGGCCUCGCUUUGGCAGACGAGGGUGGCCUCUGGGCUUGGGGAAGCAACCGGUAUGGUCAACUGGGCACCGGAGCUUCUGCCCCGGGAACUCUCCCCAGUCCGAGCGCCCAGCUAGGAGUGCCCGGGGAUCCAUCCCCCGGGCUUAACAAUAACCACAAAGUUGAGCGGGAGGUGAAAGGCGCGGAGUUGAAACAGAUUCCGUUCUUCGUUGGGCGGAAAGUGACCGGAAUCGCCGCUGGUGCGGAGCACUCGGCAGCGGUGACUGAUUCCGGGGAGGUAUUCACAUGGGGCUGGGCCGAGCACGGACAGUUGGGCUUGGGAGAUACACAAGACCGAGACACGCCCCAGCUUCUGGCGGUGGGAUUAAGCCCCAGCCAGACCAGGACGAGCGCCCAAGUGUACUGUGGGAGCGGAUUCACAUUUGUGGUGCUUCGACACAGGCAGGAAAGCGAAGAGGCCGCUGACGUCGCAGUCAGGACCGGCUGACGUGGUUGACGGAGUUCCCGGAUGAUGCUGAAGAGCUGGAAAUGAAAGGAUCUGAGCCCUUCAUGAGCCAUCGGACGGUUCAGGACUUGUGGAUCGGCAUCGUUGGUCUUGGUCGAAGCGGCGAGAUCUGGUAAAAAGGGCGACAAGGUGCGGCCUGAGCUGUGAGGAACUUUGCUGAUCCCGGCGACGAAAACAGCGAGGCUUGCACAACCACAUCCUUCUCGUAGGGCGAAAUCUGCGGUCUUGAUUUUUGAUGUAAAGCAAAUGCAAGGAAGAGCGACAACGCAAAAGGAAGCAAGGGAAAGCAAGUGUUGAAGUUUUCGUUAGAGGUUCCAAGGUUUUGAAGUAGGACCGGGUUUUAAGAGACAUAUAUUUAGGGCCUUGUACAUAAUAACCCGAAGGUCCACGCUUGCUGAGAGCCUGCGCUUCUGGAGAUGGUCCAAAAAUACUCCGUUGGAUACCCCCACUGAGCUACAACACGGACUUCAGCUGAGGUUGGACGGCCGACUCGCAUAAACCUGCGCUUGAAGGUGGCUGUGAAGUACGAUGUGUUAGUUGUGUGCCAUGUCAAUGCAUGAGUCAUGCAAUAUCGCCUCCCUCAUGUGCAACUUGCUGAAUCAAUCAC